AUGGAGGAAAACACCCUUAAAAGGAAAUCAGAACAUCAGAUCUCUAGAAAAGAAAAAGAAGAAGAGAAAGAAAGUGAUGAAGAGUACGAAAGUGAAGAGGAGGUGGAAAGUAAUGAAGAGAUAGAGAAAAAACAGGUAGACCAUCCUCCCCAUCCUCACCAAGAGAUUCUAAAUAUGUUGAUGAUAGAGCAUGUCGAGGAUAUAUUUCCACGAUACGUAGCAGUAGGGAAUCUCAAAGAGAUUGAAGAAACGAUCAACGAGGUUGUAUUGCCAGCAUUUCUCAGUUUGUUAAUAAAGAAUGACAUCGAAAACUUUAUGGAAAUAUUGACAGAAUACAUGACGAAGGUCGAAACGAGUAUUGUUACUCAAUCAAAGUUAUUAGAGUUGCCAGUUUGGUGUACAAGAAUCAAGGAUGGUUUGAAUUUAAAACUAUUUAUCAACCACCUCAACACUAUCCCAACAAUUAAGGUUUUAGACAUUACACACUCAUCAAUAGAUUUUACUUGUAAGAAAUGUAAAAUUGUGGAUAAAAUAGAUUCAACCCUAAAAGACCACAUCAGUAAAAUGGGAAAACCCAAUUCUACUAUCAAUCAAGCUACUUUGGAAUCAAUUAAAUUUAUAGAUGGAAAAAGUGUUUUAGUAAUGGAAAAAAGUUGUGGUUGUUUGGUUUCUGUUGAUAGAGCACGUAUGAUGUGUCAAGGUUUUCCAUUAUGCAAUUGUAGCAAAUUAUGGAAUGAAGAAGAAAAAAGUUCUGGUUGUCCAGGGCUUUGGGAGAACGAAAAAGAAAGAUUAUCAAAAAUGAAUACUUUGAACCAAAAAUAUUCAUACAGUAUUGUAAUGAAGAGACCAUGUGGAUGCAUAUUUAUGAUAGAUGAUUUUAGUAAACAUGGGGCAGAUGCCAAACACAAGUUAAAUAAUCCAUGUAACACAUGUACAUACAAAGAAUCAAUUAGAGAGUGGUUGGGAGUUCCCAAACUAAUUGACAAGUUUAACACCUACAACAACGACAAGAUAGGUUACAAUUCACGAGUUUCAAUCCCUUGUCCACAAUGCGAAUCAGAGAUCAAAGUCGAUAGAUUGGAAAUAGAUAGAAAUCAACAAAUUCUAUGUGUGAAAUGCAAUAACAAGGAGACAUUGGAAGUGAUGGAAUCUAGAGGAUACAAAUAUGUAUCGUAUAAUGGAGAAAAGUGUCCAAUCUUCAAAUUUGAACAUAUUAUAUGUGGAACUAUAGUUGAUCAUUCGAUACCAAACAUUAAUUGGACAAAUGGUGAUAAUUUGACAUACUGUUAUCAAUGUAGUAGUGGGGAUAGAGAAAAGGAAUUCAAUGGUAACAAAUCAAUUCUUGUUUCAACUUCUGAAACUCAGUGGAUUUACCAUGCUAGAUGUACAUAUGGACACGAUGGUCUCAUUUACAAAAACAGAUCUGGUAAUAAAACUCAUUUCAAGUGCAAAAUAUGUGGAUCUGUUGCCCUGGUAUUAAAUAAGGUUGGUUGUUUGGACAAAGAAUUUGGAAUGGAUAGACAAAAUGGGUUUUAUAAAAAUUUGAAGGAGGAUCUAUUACAAGUGUUUGAUUACAUGAAGUCUAUUCCAUUCACCAUCAAAUUUAAAGGAGAAACUCAUACAAGUUACAUUAAUAUUUUUACAAUUCUUUCUAGAGAAGGAAUUAAAAAAAUAAUUCUGAAGGAUUUAACAAAAUCUCCUAAAAGCUACAAUACUUUUCAAACAAAAGAAAAUGUUACACCUUCAAAAUUCCUAUGUGAUUCAAACCACACUUGCCUACGUAGAGAGAUUUGUUAUCUUUGCUCUAACUCUCCAUUCUUUUAUGAAGUUGAACUAUUAAAGGCGCUGGAACAUGUGAUGAAAAUCGUUCACCCAGAUGGGAAAUUCAAGUUUUCUCUUUCAGAAACGGUAUCUCAUGAAAAAGGUGUUACAUUUAGAUAUGACAUUUGUCUAUUGUUGGAAGGAUGGUAUGGAUUGAAAGGAAAGAUUUCAAUUGAAAUGGAUGAGGAACCUCAUUGGGAGCGAAAAGUUACCAAGGCAAGAGAUGAGAAGAAGAAUGUACUUUCACCAAAAAAUGGAAUCACAUUGUUACGACUCAACUACAAACUCUUCACAAGCCCUUACGAAUUCCAAAAAUCUAUUUUCAAAUUGGUGCUGGCUGUCUCUAAUGAAAUGAAAAAACAUUUGCCUCAGACGAUGACUACAAGAGCUUGA